AUGUCUAGGCCUAAUGCUACCGCGCAGAAGGCUUUAAUUACCAAAGCUCUGAAAGCCGAAAAUGAUGUAUCUUCGGCUACUUCUCAAAGACAGGCCCUUCAGGCUGCGAUCGACGUGGCUGAGAAUUACAUGAAAGCGUUGAACUUAGCAACGUUUUCAGUAGAUAAACAGACAUUAGAUGCAAAGUGCAAAGACUGGCUCACCCGAGCUGAAAAGAUCAAGGUAUCCCAGGACUGGCAAUCCAUUGCGCGUGCGGAGGAAAGAACACUCCCAACAUCCACCCGCAAACUCACCACCCGUGAAGAAAUUAUACUCCUAGAAGGCGCCAAGCUGAAUGGAUUCAUCUUUCCGCCGUGGUCCGGCUCUCCAAGUCUGGACGAAUUUAAAGAGGAAGAUGGGGAGCUCUUUACCGACAAACCCGAUCUACAUCUUUCGGAUCUUCAGAAGAACAUAUUUGAUGGCUGGAAACGACCUGCUGAGUUGCUUGCAGAUGUUGCCGAGGACCCGGAUAGCGUCGUAGUACCCCUGAUGUCUGUUACUGGAAAGACUGAUCUUGUACAAGACGUCCUGACAGACUGUUCUGUUGUUGCCAGUCUCUGUGCCACCACUUCGAGACUGGAACGUGGUAUGGGAAAGGUGAUCAUUGAUGAUCGCCUGCCAUCAUCCAAGACCUCAAGAUCUCUUCAUGUGAUUGACCGAAACAACCCCACAUUCUUGUGGCCGGCCCUUGUUGAAAAAGCAUACCUAAAACUCCGCGGAGGCUACGAUUUCCCUGGGAGCAAUUCUGGGACAGACUUGUGGGUGCUGACGGGCUGGAUCCCUGAGCAGGUCUUCCUUCAUAGCGAGGAUGUGACGGGCGACGACCUCUGGAGGCGCUUCGCCAAGGCCUUCCAUCAGGGGAAUGUUUUACUGACGAUAGGUACCGGGGAAUUAACCGAGCGGGAACAGGAUGAGCUGGGCCUUGUAAGCGAGCAUGACUACGCGAUUCUGGAUAUGAAGGAGUCGAAGGGUCGUCGACAGAUGCUUGUGAAAAAUCCUUGGGCCGGAGCAGAUGCGGUACAUGGCGAAGGCGAAAACACCUCUAACCUAGCUGAUCCACCCCAUAACCCUCAGUCUUUUGCGCCGGGCACCUUCUGGAUGGACUGCGAAAGGGUUCUCCAGAAUUUCGAAAACCUAUACCUGAACUGGAAUCCGGAGAUUUUCAAAUAUCGAGAAGAUAUCCACUUUACUUGGGAUCUCUCUAGCGGCAGAGGGAUCGCCGGCUGCUUUGUAAAGAACCCUCAGUUUGCAGUUACCUGUGCACUGGGUGGUACUGUCUGGAUACUACUAGGAAAGCAUUUCAGGACGAUUGCGCAAAACCAAGAAUAUGACGAGUCGGGUUUUAUAAGCAUCUAUGUCUUCAAUGCUAGAGGGAAGAGGGUUUCCUUGAGUGACGGAGCUUUGCAUCGUGGUCCUUAUGUUGACUCGCCCAACACUCUCAUGAGACUGGAGAUGCCCCCGAAAACGACGUACACAGUGGUUGUCUCCGAACAAUCCUUACCUUCAUUGAGUCAGAGCUUCACACUCUCCGCACUUUCUUCAUCACCGGUACAGAUCGCACAGGCCCAAAAUGAACACAUGUGUGUCAACAAGGUACUAGGCGCCUGGACACCUCUUACAGCAGGUGGGAACGCAGAGUCGGCGCGCUAUCCUUUGAAUCCCCAAUUUAGUUUGGAAACAUCAGAUUUGACCAACGUGUCAUUUCUGCUCGAGUCGUCAGAUGGCGACAUUGCCACCCAUGUUAAACUUUUCUGGUCCAAUGGCAACCGUAUAUCAAGAGUUCGAAGCCGCGAUAUUAUUACUGAUAGUGGUGACUAUCGUCGGGGUGGAUGCCUCGCAGAGAAAAGGUCUCUAGACCCGGGUCUAUAUACCAUUGUGUGCUCUACAUUUGCGCCUGACCAACUUGGCCGAUUUACGCUGUGGGUUUCGUCUUCAAUUCCCUGUCAAGUGAAAGCACUUGCUCCAGAGGCAGCGGGUCGUCGCGCAAUCAUUUCAGAUAUUGGCGUACUACCCCCGGGAAGGGAUCGGAUGUUAGCUCCUUUGUACGUCCCGCGACUGACACGGAUCAAACUCAUCGCGCGAAGCCGAAAGUCGGUGAUUGGCGACCACCCUGUCGGACCUUCGCCUGCCUUGAUGACCGUGGAACUCGGCCAAGGACCUUACAAAGAGACUCUGGCGACCUCGGAAGAUGGAAACCACAGCGAUGCGAUAUCGGGAGUGCGGGUCGAGGAUUUUGACAUUAAGCCAGGACUCGAGGAGAAAGGCGGAGCUUGGAUUGUCAUCGAGAGGAUCGGUGGUCCUGGAGGUCAGGUUGAAGACCAUUUCGAGGUGGAAGCGUUGGCUGAAGAGAAGGUGGAAAUUGGGGAGUGGAUAGUGGAAGAUGUUUGA